CCCAUCGCGCUUGCGCGUUUAGCUGUUUAGGCGAAAAUGGCGGCACUGCUAUUGCAGGAGCUGGAUUCGUCCGAGCUAUCUAAACUACCGACAACUCUUCAAAGCAAACUUGAGAAACUUUUAUUAGACCGGCAGUAUGAAAUUGAUUCUUUAAAAGCACUGCAUGAACAGUUUCGGGUUGACAGCGAGCAACAGUUUUUCGAAAAAGUUGAUCAACUUCAGCGGUGUCAGGCUGAGCUUUUGUCUCAAGCUCAAGAACAUCUUAAAGUCAAAGAGGAUUUCACGAAGCUUGAUGAAGAACUGAAAAGUGUUUGUGAGAAGAACAAGGAAAAUGAGUCUGCGCAGGAGAAGUUGUCAGCAGAGCAGACUUUGCUUUCGAAAGCCAAAGAGGAAUUGGAAGGAGAAAAGCGGGAACUUGUGAGGACACUGGAGAAGAGGUCUCUGGAAGUUGAGAAUUUAAAUGAUGACUUGAGGCAGCUGAAUGAUAAGUUAACGGAAGUCAACACUAGUAAGUUGACUCUGCAGAUGAAGCUGGAUGAGCUUGAAGCUGCAGAAGUAAACAUUAAAUACAAGGAGAAGCGAAUGGAACAAGAGAAGGAGCUGCUGCAUGGCCAGGUGUCUUGGCUUAAAGACGAACUGAAGGCAAAGACGGAGGGACUGCUCGCCCUGUCCAGGGAAAAGGGGAAUGAAAUCUUGGAGCUGAAAUGCAAACUGGAGAACAAGGAAGAUGAGUUAACCAAACUACAGGAUCAAGUGACCAGUUUGAAAACCUCAAAUGAACACCUUCAAAAGCAAAGUGAAGAGAUGAUCAACAAACUAAAAGAAGCAAAGGAGCAGCAGGCCAUCACAGAGGAGAAGUUUCGAAACGAGCUGAAUGCCAACAUUAAACUUUCCAACUUAUACAAGGGUGCAGCAGCAGAUUCUGAAGCAAAAAGUGAAGAACUGAGUCGGGCGGUGGAGGAACUACACAAACUGUUGAAAGAUGCUGGAGAAGCCAACAAAGUUCUUGAGGAAAAGCUGCAGGAGAUGAACGGCGCAGCGGACAAAACUGUUAACGAGUUAAAGGAGAAGAUCCAGAGCCUUGAGAAAGAGCUGGACAACGCCAAUGACCUGUUGUCAACUUCUAAACUCAGAGGACCUGCUGGUGCGAGCGUGGUGGCAGAGGACCAAAUAACAACAAUGUCUCCAACAGCGGCUGCUGUGUCCAAAAUAAAACCCGGCAUGAAGCUGACUGAAUUGUACACGGCGUAUCUGGAGAGCCAGGAGCAGCUGCAGCUGGAGCGGCUGGAGAACAAGCGCGUCAACAAAUAUCUGGAUGACAUUGUGCAGGAAGUCGAAGCCAAGGCCCCCAUCCUGAAACGGCAGAGGGACGAACACGAGCGCAUGCAGAAGUCGGUGGCCAGUCUGUCAGCCAAGCUGGAGCAAGCCAUUAAGGAAGUUCACCGUCUGCAGAACGAGGCUGACGAAGCCAAUAAGCAAUCCACUCUCCUGGAAAGAGACAACCAGAGAUAUGAACUCCAGGUGGCUGACAUGGCUCAACAGGUUCGAGUGCUGCUCAUUGAGCUGGAAGAGGCCCGUGGAAACCACGUGCUUCAGGAGGAGGAAGUGAGCUCAGCCGACAUCAGCAGCACAUCAGAGGUCAUCAGCCAACACCUGGUGACCUUCCGCAGCGUGGAGGAGCUCCAGAAGCAAAACCAGCGACUCCUCGUGGCCCUCAGGGAUCUGAGUGACGCACAGGAGAAAGAAGAGCAGGAGAGCACUGGCAAUAAGCGUGUGGAGCUGGAGCAGAGUUUGGAGAAAGCCCAGGCAGAGUUGGAGUCGCUGAAGGAACAGCGCAGCCAGCAGAUUAAGAUGACGGAGUCCAUCGUGAGGCAGAGGGACAUGUACCGUGUGCUGCUGGCUCAGGCAACGGGAGUGGCUUUCCCUCAACAAGGAACACCACCGGAGGAGUUUUCUCUGACAUCAACCCCCCGACGUUCACCAACAACCACUCCCACCACUGGAGCUCCCACUGCACUCGUGACCAUGGCCGAGUCUGUCGAGGUGCUGGAGGCCAAGGCAGCGCUGCGGCAGUUGCAGGAAGUGUUCUCUGCCUACAAGAAGGAGCGUCUGGAAAGCGAUAAGGCGAUGAACGAGCAGAAUGAAAAGCUGCAGGAGCAGCUCUCUGACCUCCGCUCUCAAAAUGCCAAAACAUCAACUCAGCUAGAGUUUGCAUCAAAGAGGUAUGAGAUGCUGCAGGAUAACGUUGAGGGCUACAGGAAAGAAAUCGCCUCACUUAGAGAGAAAGAACAGAAAACGGCCGCCGCCACACAGAAACUUGAGCAGAGUGUCCACACGCUAAAUGAAGAUCUGAAAGCUGCAAAGGAGAAACUUACCUUGACUGAGGGUCAGGCUGAGAAGCUGCGCAAGGAGAGAGACAUGCUGAAGCUGGUGGAGUCCAGGCUGAACCAGGAGAAAGAGACGUUUGUGAGCCAACAGCAGAACCAGAACCUGCUGCUGACCAAUCUCCAGACCAUACAGGCCACUCUGGAGCGUUCUGAGGCCGACGCACGUCAGCGUCUCAACGGCCAGAUCGAAAAGCAGGAACUGCAAAUCUCCCAGCUUCAGAAGAAGCUGGAGCAGGAAGUGGAACAGCGCCAUCUGUGCAGCAGGAACCAAGAAAUCCAACUAAUGGACGUCAAGAGGCAGCUGGAGACGCAGGUGGCCUUACAUCAGAAAACCAAAGAGCUGCUGAAUGGGGCCGAGUUGGAGCUCAACACCCUGAGGAUGCAGCAAGGCCGCCCCGAGGCACGCCACACCCUGGGCUCUCCACCCACACCCGUCUUCAGAGGCCUGCAGGGUUCAGAUCAAGAGAGGGAGGAGCUCCAGGGCCGCCUGCAGCUGGCUGAAACCCGGGCAGAGGAACUGGCAGAGAGCCUGAGGGCCGCCACCUCCAGCAUGGAGCAGUACAGAGCCAUGGCUCAAAGCUUGGAGGAGUCCCUGGAGACAGAGAAGCAGGUAACGGAGCAGGCUCGCCUGUCAGUGGAGGCUUCUUUGAAGGAAGCUCAGGAGCGACACCGGACGCUGGAAGAGAAACUCCAGGAAGCAGAGAAGGAAAAGCAGGACUUGGAGGAGAGCAAGAGAAAAGACCUGGCAUCUCUAGAGGAGCAGAUUAAUGACCUGAAGAGAAGCCUGAGCGAUGCGCAGACAGAUCACCAGGCUGUGCUGCAGCAGCUGGAAGUAGUUGAAGCCCACAAGCAGCAGGCUCUGCAGGACCAACAGGAGCAG